CUGAGCAGUGAUGAGAGGGAGAGCUUUGAGUAGGAAGCCCCAGGAAGCUGGUUAAAAAUAUUAGAUCAGGAAAGCAGCAUCUCCAACAAUGAUCACUCUGGCAAAUGCAAAGCCCUGGAGACCCAGCCGAUUCAAUGUUUAAGCCAGGGUGUAUUUACACUGCAGGAGGUUACUGGACUGAAGGAGGGUGGAUUUUUGAUUCCCACAGAAUGCCUUAUUUUGCAAAGCUCAUGUUGUUGAUCUUUUGCUUGGUGGUUCUUGUGGAGAGCAGAAAGCACAGGAGGAAGAGAUGGACAGGACAAGUAGAAGUGCAGAAAGCAAGUCACAUAUAUAGAAAGAACCAUGAUAUGACUAAAAGUCGGACAGGAAAAACUGAACAGCUUCUGCGGGUAGAUGACCAUGAUUUCACCAUGCGACCAGCUUUUGGAGGCCCUGCAAUUCCUGUUGGGGUGGAUGUGCAGGUUGAAAGCUUGGACAGUAUUUCUGAGGUUGAUAUGGACUUUACAAUGACACUGUAUCUGAGGCAUUACUGGAAGGAUGAGCGCCUCUCCUUUCCCAGCCAUACGAACAAGAGCAUGACUUUUGAUGGAAGGCUAGUGAAGAAGAUCUGGGUGCCGGAUGUCUUCUUUGUUCACUCUAAAAGAUCCUUCAUUCAUGACACAACCACUGACAACAUCAUGUUGCGGGUGUUCCCAGAUGGCCAUGUGCUGUAUAGUAUGAGGAUCACAGUGACAGCAAUGUGCAACAUGGACUUCAGCCGGUUUCCACUAGAUUCACAGACUUGUACGCUGGAGCUUGAAAGCUAUGCUUACACAGAUGAAGAUCUGAUGCUUUACUGGAAAAAUGGAAAUGAAUCACUCAGAACAGAUGAGAAGAUUUCUUUGUCUCAGUUCUUGAUACAAAAAUUCCAUACAACCUCCAGACUUGCUUUCUACAGUAGUACUGGCUGGUAUAAUCGCCUCUACAUUAACUUCACUCUGCGUCGCCACAUCUUCUUCUUCCUGCUCCAAACGUAUUUCCCUGCCACUCUGAUGGUCAUGCUGUCCUGGGUGUCCUUUUGGAUAGACCGCAGAGCUGUGCCGGCAAGAGUUUCAUUAGGGAUCACGACGGUGCUGACCAUGUCGACCAUAAUCACGGGUGUCAAUGCCUCCAUGCCUCGGGUUUCCUACAUCAAAGCUGUGGACAUUUACCUCUGGGUCAGUUUUGUGUUCGUCUUCCUUUCGGUGAUAGAGUAUGCAGCAGUGAACUACCUGACCACAGUGCAAGAGCGGAAGCAGCGGAAGCUGCGAGAGAAGAACUUUCAAGCUGAAAUGGAAGCCCUGACACCACACAAGCAGGAAUUGAUGAUAGUAGGAACAACAGAGGGAAGGAAACUAAGAUCAGAACUGGGGAAGUCUGCAACCUGGGACUUUGGCAGAGACAAUAUAGGGAGGUUUCAAUGCACAUGUGGAAUUCCUCCUACAAAUACAAUGUUGCUGGAUGGUAUCUGCAGUGAGUCAGAUGCCAACAGCCUAGAAGAGUACCCAAGAGGUCAGUUGGUGACGGAAGAGGAUAAGCAAGAUAAGAUGGUGAUCCAUUUGGCCCUGAAUAAUGAGUCUAAUUCAUCAAGAAAGAGAAGGCUGAAGGGACACGUGAGCCUUCGUAUCAUGCAGAACACUCAUGCCAUUGACAAAUACUCAAGAUUAAUAUUUCCAGGCACCUAUAUAUUUUUUAAUUUGAUAUACUGGUCUGUCUUUUGUUGAAUAAUGCUAAGGAGACAUUGACAAGACUCUAAAGAGCUUUGAUAUUGUUUGGAGUCUGAGAGAUACAAUGGAUUCUCCUAUUGUAACUGUGGACCAAUAAAGCGCUAGAUAUAUUUUCUCAGA